AUGUCUUCGUCGUCGUCAUCAAUCUCAGGGCCUUUCCGCAUCGUGGAACAUGUGGUAGAAUGCCAACAUAUCAGAGAGUAUCCCGGAGCCACUGCGAACGAACAAGAAGACGUACUGCAUCUGGCAGUAAAACAAUACAUUCCACUCGAUAACCCUGAGCCCCAGCCUGGCGAUGUGACCAUACUCGCCGCUCACGCCAAUGGCUUCCCAAAGGAGCUGUAUGAACCACUCUGGGAGGAGAUAUAUGCGCGCUCCAAAGCCAAUGGGUUCCGCAUUAGAAGUAUCUGGAUGGCAGAUGUGGCGCACCAAGGACAAAGCAGCGUGCUCAAUGAGGAUCUUCUAGGAAAUGAUCCUAGCUGGUUUGAUCACCCCAGAGAUCUACUUCAUCUCGUCAAUGUCAAGCGCAAGGAAAUGCCCCGUCCAAUCGUCGGAAUCGGCCACAGCAUGGGCGGCGCUCACCUUGCGCAGCUAUGCCUAAUGCACCCCCGACUCAUCCACACCCUGGUGCUACUAGACCCAGUCAUCCAACGCCAAACCACCCAACUCGAGCCGCGACCCCUGUUCAAAGACCAGCUCGUCAUCGCCAAAACCACCCAACUCUCCACCUACCGCCGAGACAAGUGGCCGUCCCGCAAAGCCGCCGCAGAAGCCUUCAAGAAGAACCCCUUCUACCAAACCUGGGACCCCCGCGUCCUCGACCGCUGGAUCAGAUACGGCCUCCGAGACCUCCCUACCGCCAUCCACCCGCUAGAGGAGACCACAAUCUCCCAAGGCAGUGACCGGCCAGUCACUCUCACAACGACUCUCCACCAGGAGGUCUUCACCUUUUCGCGGCCCAACUACGACGGGCCACCGGGCAAAAACGUCCCGAUUAACCGGGUAACGCAUCCCGAUCUGAACCCCAAGCACGUUGGCUCGUUUCCUUUCUAUCGGCCGGAGCCGUCCCGUAUCUUCGGUCAGCUUGAGCACCUCCGUCCGAGCGUGUUGUAUAUCUUCGCCGGCAAGUCGGAGAUGUGUCUUCCCGACAUGAUGGCCGAUAAGAUGAAGAACACAGGCACGGGGCUUGGUGGCAGUGGCGGUGCGGCCGAGGGACGUGUGCGCGACGUUUAUCUCGAAAAAUAUGGUCAUUUGCUCGCCCAAGAGGCGCCCACUGAGUGCGGUGAGGCGGCGAGCCGAUGGCUCGGCAAAGAAUUGGAGCGAUGGAGGGCGGAGGAGCAAGCCUUCCGAGAGCAGUGGAGCAAGAAGUCAAAGGUCGAGAAAGUGACUAUCGAUUCACGGUGGAAAGAGCAUGUACCAGCGCCCGUGAGGCCUAAGAAGGAUUCUGAGGCCAAGUUGUAA